GGGCGGGGCGGGGCGGGGCGGUGGUGGCGGAGCGCUCGAUCCCGGUCGGGCGCGCGGCCGAGACCGAGGCUCGGUCGCAGUCGCUGGUCUCCGAGGUGAGCGGCGGGGUGCGGCCCGGCGGGCGAGGACGGACGCAGCACCAUGGCCGACGGCAAGGCCAAGCCUGCCAAAGCCGCCAACAGGACACCCCCAAAGUCCCCAGGGGACCCCACCAAGGACAAGGCAGCCAAGAGGCUGUCACAGGAGUCGGAGGGUGCUGGCGAGGGGGCAGCUGCGGCCCCGGAACUCAGUGCCCUGGAGGAGGCCUUCCGGCGCUUCGCCGUACACGGGGACACACGAGCCACAGGGCGGGAGAUGCACGGCAAGAACUGGUCCAAGUUGUGCCGGGACUGCCACGUGAUCGACGGGAAGAGUGUGACUGUCACCGACGUGGACAUCGUCUUCAGCAAGAUCAAGGGGAAGUCCUGCCGUACUAUCACCUUCGAGCAGUUCCAGGAGGCGCUUGAGGAGCUGGCAACAAAGCGCUUCAAGGACAAGAGCAAAGAGGAGGCUGUGCAGGAGGUGCACCGGCUCAUUGAGGGCCGGUCACCAGUCAUCUCGGGGGUCACAAAAGCCGUGUCCUCGCCCACUGUGUCACGGCUCACAGACACAACCAAGUUCACCGGCUCCCACAAGGAGCGCUUUGACCCAUCGGGCAAGGGCAAGGGCAAGGCUGGCCGCGUGGACCUGGUGGAUGAGUCGGGUUACGUGCCCGGCUACAAGCAUGCAGGCACCUACGACCAGAAGGUACAGGGGGCCAAGUAGCCUGCGCCGAUGCUGUGGACACUGCAGGUGCCAGCCGGGAAUUCACACCCAUCACACUUCAUUACAUUCCUGUGCUCAGCAGGCAGAACUCAGAGGAAGCUGAGGCAAUUGGGGCAACUGGGGACGACACCCAGGCCUGACCCCAGACCUCCCACUGGAGCACCCACACCUCUGUCAGACCUGACCCUUCCCUGUGCGCCUCAAGUUUCCAAACCAUUCCCCAGGAUCUCGCCACACUGGCCACCUGGCAUACGGGUGAAAAGGGUUGUGGGAGUGGCCAAGUGUGGGACGGGUGGGCAGAGGCCACACUGACCCUGGCAGGCAGACUCUGUCCAGGAGCCUCUAGGGCUGCAGGAGCUGAUGAACUAACCAACAGCACGAUCAGUUUGGGCCCACACCUCGUGUCCUUCGUGCUUUCUGAACAGAGGGCUCAGCCAGGUCUCCUGGUGGCCAUGGGCAGAUCACAAGGGCACAUACUUGUGUGCUUUCACACACAUGUGUGCCUGUGGACCAGGUCCAUGCUGAGGGACAAGGGAAGGCUCCUUGGUUGAUCAGGACAGUUUUUUGUUUGCUUUUGUAAGUGAAAAGAAAUGGUGACUGCAUGCCGGUUUUCAGAGCUGUCAGGGAGAUUCAAGUGCUGUGACCUCCCUACUUGUUCCUGUGACCCCUAGUGAGGAGGCACAUGAUGUUGAGUCAGUCGGUGCAGGGUGAGCAAAGCUGCUUAUGCUGUGGCCUGUGCUGCUGCCCACUGAGCUCACUGGCCUCCCUUAGCCACUGCCUGGGCCCUCUGGAAGUCCAAGUCCACAACCUGUUUCACAUCACCUAGAAGGCAGCAUGCCAGGCAGCAGGACCAGCCCAGAAGAGAUACCUAGGCCCACUCAGCUGCCAUGCACAGUGGGGCCCCGCUCACUGCCCCUUUCCCCCUGCAAGGGCAAUAUGUGGUCAAGCAGUCCUCUAUCCCUAGCCCAAGGAGGCCUUGGUAUGGGCCACCCACAGUCUUACUUCUGAUCUGUGGGGUUGUGGCCCCGGAGAGGGCCCACAUGGCAUCAAAAUGCCUCACAGUUGUUGUCUGCCCUUGGUCAGUCUCAUUUUACUCAGGGCAGGUGGCUGCUUAAGGUAGACACCAUCUUCCUGAACAUGGGCCUGUGCCACAGCACAAGCGGCAGCGGGCUUCCUUACUGCCACAGCAUGUGACAUACCUUCCUGGCCCAAGUGCGCUUGGCCAUAGCAGCAGCUCUGCAGAAGGCUGUGCACCAGCCCACUGAGCAGAGCAGCAUCCUGAGGGGCCAUCUGGAAAAGGAGUGGUCCUGUGGGCAGGCAGCUUCCCUUGGAGACAGGAGUUCAUGGUGCCUGGCACAGGAGACUGAGGAGUCAUGGCUCUCAGGCAGGUGCCAGCUUACUGGGUUGGGGAAAGACAGGUGAACCACAGACCCCAGGCUGUACCCUUGGCUGACCCAGGCUGGGCUCCUGUGUAAAAGCUAAAGGCAAAAAUAAUGCUUGGGAACAUAUGAGACAACUCUGAAGGCACAGUGUUUAAUCUCACAGCCACCAAAGCCCUGUGUCCCAAUGCCAGGGACCUUCAUUAGUGCUAACAGGCCCCCAUCCACUGCAUCCCUCCCACACACCAUGGCUUCUGCCCUCUGUGGCACCAUGGUCCCCAAAAGGCCCCACCAUGGCUGACGGCUCUCGGUCCGAGGCUGUUCUUGUGUUCUGCCUGUCCACAGCCCAGUUCCCUCCAACACAGCUGAGUCACACAGACCUGAUGUAAACCCAGCAGGUCCUUAGCUCCUAGAGCUGGGCUAGUGUGCUUGGGUCAGGGUGGUGUUGAGAGCUGCAGAAGUGUGGCAGAUAGGGUUACACCCCUAGAGGCAAGGGUGAACUGAGAUGGGGGGCACUGACCUGUCUCCUGCUCAGUGGGUCCUCAUUGGACAAGAAUGAUCGCUCUGUAAGGACCCAGACCACAUGAAGAGCUGCUGCCUGGCACAAAGGACAAAGUUGGAUCUAAGCAAAAGAAAUGAUACGAGGCCCACCAGCCUCUGGCAGGAGGUCCCAUCAGAUUGGGCACCUGGUCCCUAUGGUCAGCACCUCACAAUGCCCUCUGCCCAGAGCCACAUGGAGAAGCUGAGUGGCUGGUUUCAUCUCAGGCCUCUGAGGUGAGCUCCUUGACAGGAAAGGACUCUUCAUCUCUAGAGAAUUUCCAGAAUGUAUUCCUCUCAGUUUCAUGGUGAAAAUCAAGUUGCUCUGCCUUGGUGGCUCUCCCUGUGCUGGCCCAGAACCCGAGUGCCUUUGGGGUUCUGGAAGGAGAGCCCCCAUCCAAGCUCUCACUGCGUGGCAGUUGGGUACAUCAGAUACAUGUGUUAGUCUCCCUGUGUCCCCUCCCGGUCCCCAGCAGGACCCAAGGUUUCCUCAGACAUGUGUGGGUAAGGACAGCAUCCUUCUCCAGCUGGCUUCAAAGCAUAGCUUUGAAAACACACACUCCAUCUCCAUCAUUUAGUAAGAAAGUGGUGGUAAAGACUUGCGAAGACUUAGUUUAAAUUAUAGAAUUCAUCGUGGCAUCCGUGCAUAUCUGCUGAACACAGAACAUCUGGACUCCAAUUCCACUACACAAAACAGACACAGCAUUUUCUCAGUCCGUGAAUAGUGCCAGCACAAAGGAGUGUGUGUGUUGCAUGUUUAUGUCAUACCAAUCAGCUUCUACUAACAUGGUUCAAUAGUUAAAUGUCUCUCUGUAAGAGAAACUGCAUAGCAUGCAACCCAAGACACAUACACAUUCCACCAGGUGUCACCUGGGAGCAAGGACAGGUUCAGGGAGAAUCUGUCCCUCGAGAGACAGAGAGGUUCUGUCAGGAGCUGAGACCCCAGAGCAGGAACAGGCUCUGUCAGGAGGUGACACCUCAGAGCAGGGACAGAUUCUGUGGGGAGGACACCCAGGAGAUGGACAAAUUAGAGGGGUUAGGGGAGGGCACUGUAGAUGGUGUCUAAGUAUCGGGGAAGGAGGAGGUUGGAGAAUAUUGAUCCUAGCAGAGUAUUUAUUAAUGCUAUAACAUAAGCAACUAGUUAGUGGUCAAUAACUGUUAGCUUUAUGAAAAGAAAGCUCAAAUUACAUGUUUAAAAUAUAGCAAAAAUUUAUAUUUAUACUGGAGUAUUUUUACACCUUUUAAUAUCCUUAAGUCUUCUGUUUGGGGCAGGUGAGAGCCACACAGAUACAGGUGAGUUUGGAAAGGCAUGUGUAGUGGUUCCAUUUGCAUUCCUGCCUCCUACCCCUGCCUAUCUGUUGCCUAGCCCUGACCCCAGGGGCUGGUGGGUUGCGGUGGGCAUGGUCAGCUCACUCCUCCCACCCGCAGUAGUUCUGGGCUGCUAGAGCUGCCACCUGUUUCUAUGAAUAAAGUUUUAUUGGCACAUGGCCGCAGCCAUGGGUUUACGACGCCCAUGGCUGCUCUGGCACUGCAACUGGAACAGGGAGAGGCUGAGACAGAGGCUGUGCCCAGACAUCAACGAUAUUUACCACCUGCCUCUUUACAGGGGAAACGUGCCUGCCCGUCUGGCUCACUUCCUCCUACAGAAUCAUGUAUGAGCUGGCUACCCUCUGGCCCCGUAGCACAUGCCACGUGGGGAUACCUUGUCAUCUGUUUGAUACAAGGGUGACAAUUCAGCUGUACUGUGAAGUUAUUACUAAGGCUACACUGUCUUUCAAACACUGAACCCCAGCCACUUUCCUCCUCUGCUUACUACUGAGCCCUCUGAACUCCAGUGGUUCAGGGGUGUGGUCUUGUUCAUGGGCAUGUGACGGAGUCACAACAGGCAUUUUGAGAUGCUUAAGUUAACUCACUCACUCUUCUAGACCUCUUAAAAAACUAAGCCAAGCCAAACAACAAAGGAAACUUGCACAACUUAAACUUGAAAGGGAUAAUAUACUACUAGUUUGUACUAAGUUUUUUCAAGAAAGGGAAACAAGUUUAUAUAUAUAUAUGCAAUAUAUUUUUACACUAUUUUAUUAAUGUCAGGGAAUCCUGAGUGCAUCACUUUAGCAGCGUGUUGAGUAAUGUUGAUGUAUUGGGUGUUCCGACUCAGGAAGGCACUUCUGCAGAUGUCCAGACCAUUCUCACCAGGAACAUCUAUAGGGUCCAGCGGCCCCUCUGUCCCUCCCGCAGAGCUCGAGGCAUUGUGUCACCUGUUGGAUUUGCUGUCAUAGCCUGGCUUGUAAACCAUUAGUGAAACUGUGCGCAUACUGCUCCUUGUGUUUGCUGUUAACAUUGUGUGUCAAAUUGGUAAAGUGAUGAGUAAAGAAGUAAAAACACA